AUGUUUGCUGGCUGUCACCUGAAACUCCGCGAUACCGAGAAAUAUGACGUAAGUCACGGACUUCGGAUUCCAUCGACCUCGGGAAUGCCGCCGCAUGAGUCACCAGAGCCUCCAAAACGGGGUGCAAACGGGGUCCAAACUGGCUAUAUCGCACUCAAUCAAGCCUCAUCUGUGAGGCCGUGGGAAUCCGCCGAAUCAAUGUACCUAGAUCCAUGA